UUCCUAAUAAUUCAACCCAGGUUGAAUACAACUUUUAAUCAGAACCUUAAAAGAAAUAUAAAUGAGGAGAAACAAAGAAGCUGUAGAAACAUUGGUUUAAGCGUAUGGUGAGCCCGGGAAUUUCAUCUUGCAAACAAAUUCAACGAACUUAUUUCAAAAUUUCUCUCUGAUAUCCAUGUUAUACUGCCUGCAUUAUGCUAUCACAAAUCCUUAAAAGGAUGGGCCAAUUCUCAUAUCAAUAUCAAUGUGCCAAGGCUACCUUCACUACUGUAAGUACAAAAUUCCAAUGCAACGAUGAAAUAGUUGAUCACCAAAACAUAAAAUUUAUCGCGGAAGUCAAAUUAUAUCAUGCCCGCGUGAUUUUGAAUGGAAUGGACAAUAGUAUAUUACAAACCAAAUUGGUAAACUUGUAUUGUAGCCAUGGAUGUUUAGAUACUGCACUCCAGCUGUUUGACAAAAUGUCGCAGAGAAAUGUGUUUGCCUGGACUGAGAUUAUUUCGGGGUAUGUGAGGCACGGCUAUUAUGAAGACACGCUUGAUAUCUAUUAUCAAAUGCUAAUGCAAGAGGAGAGUGUGCAGGCUGACCAUUAUGUUUAUCCCAAGGUUGUAAAGGCCUGUGCUCAGCUGAUGGCUCUGCAACAAGGCAGGGAGAUCCACGCUUCCAUAAUUAAAACUGGGUACGAGUCCAAUGUUUACGUUGCAAACGCACUCAUGGACAUGUAUUCAAAACUUGCUAGAAUGGAGGAAGCACAUCAAUUGUUUGACAAAAUUGUUUUCAGGAAUAGAAUUUCAUGGAACACUUUGAUUGCAGGGUAUGCUCAGAGAGGGUACACUGAUGAUGCAUCUAAUUGUUUUAGGCAAAUGAAAGAAGAUGGUAUUGAACCAGAUGUAACCACUUGGAAUACUAUGAUCACCAGCUAUGCACAGAGUGGACAGUGCCACAAGGCAUUGGGUUUCUUUUGUCAAAUGCAACAACAGGCUGACAUAUUACCCAAUGUGAUUUCAUGGACUGCCAUGAUUGCUGGAUAUUCUCAGAAUGGACUCCAUGAUAAGGCCUUGGAAUUUUUUUAUGAGAUGCAACAGGUAGGGGUGAGAUCUGACUCGGUCACAAUCUCUAAUGUGCUCUCUGCCUGUGCACAUGUUGCGUCUUUGCAAAAGGGGAAGGAAAUCCAUGGCUAUAUUGUCAGAAAUAGUAAUGAGUUUCAUUCGUCUGUUUGCAGUGCCCUUAUAGCAAUGUAUAGUGCUUGUGGGAACAUAGCAGGUGCUCGAUGGGUGUUUGACAGAACUCCUGAAACAGAUAAACAUUUGGUCUUGUGGAAUGCGAUGAUUGCAGGCUAUUCCCAAAAUGGAGACAACAGCCAAGCAUUGGAACUCUUCCGAGAUAUGCAAAUACGGUGUGGUAGACUGGAUUCAGUCACCAUAGCAAGCGUUCUGCCUGCUUGUGCUGGAUUGGCAACCUUGAAACAGGGCAAGGAAAUUCAUGCUUAUGCAAUUAGAAAUGGUUUCGUCUGUGUUGUUCUUGUGCAGAAUGCUCUAAUAGACAUGUAUGCUAAAUGCGGGAAUAUAAGGUAUGCACGUCUGGUUUUUGACAAUAUGUCUGAAAGAGAUGUGGUGUCUUGGACUGUAAUGAUUGCAGGCUAUGGCAUGCAUGGGCUCGGUGAAGAUUCUGUUUCUAUUUUCCGCCAAAUGCAACAAGCAGGCAUGAAGCCAAACCUUGUUACCUUUACUUGCCUCAUGUCUGCCUGCAGUCAUACAGGCCUUUUGGAUGAAGGUUUGGAAUACUUCAGUUCCAUGACUAGAGAUCUUCAAAUCAAACCUAGCAUGGAGAUAUACGCCUGCACAGUUGAUCUCCUUGGUCGUGCCGGACGGUUGGACGAGGCCCAGAAGAUCAUUGAAAGCAUGCCAUUUCAACCGAAUGCUUGUUUGUGGGGGGCGUUGCUUGGUGCAUGCAGAAUGCAUUCCAAUAUUCAAGUAGGAGAAUAUGCUGCAAAACAGCUUUAUAAAUUAGAGCCUGAAAAUGCUGCCAAUUAUGUGCUGAUGUCAAAUAUCUAUGCAGCAGCUGGCAGAUGGUACGAUGUAGCAAAGGUGAGAAAAAUGAUGGAGGAGGCUGGAUUGAAAAAACCUCCAGGAUGCAGUUGGAUUGAGGUUAAGAACAAGCUGCACACGUUUGUUCAGGGAGAAGAAUCACAUCCACAGAUGGACGAGAUAGAUGCAACGUUAGACAGAGUAGCUGGGUAGAUGAGGAAGUCAAUAACUUUUUCUGAAACGAAAUAUUAACUCUGAUCUUGCAAAGGUGGAGGAAGCAUAAAAUAUUUGUUGACACUGAGAAAUUAGCCAUAUUGACUCUUGAACUAGUCAACUUACGCUCUGAACCAUAAAAAAAUUCGUUUGUAAUGACAGCAACUGGGCCGCCAAGCGCAUCUCCAAAGCACUGGAUUGGGAAUUCGGGGAUCGAUCCUGAAACAAAUUAUUUGCUCUGAGCUUGGAAAAAUGGAGGAAGCAUAAAUUAUUUGUUGCCACAAUGAGAGCUGAUCAUUGCUUUUGUGCCUAUUCAACACAUGCUCUAGGUCAUCAAAAAUCUUUGUGUGUCUUGAAUGCAACUCGGCCACUAAAUUCAUCUCCAAACCUGCUUUGCAUGAGAAUAUUUGCCAGAGAUCCCAAUUAUUGCUAUCAUUUCAUGGAUGUAUAUAGUUAUUAUUGGGGAUCAUUUAAGCAAGCAACAAAUACUCUUUUGCAUCGUAACAACUUCCCCCGCAGCAAUUGGCCAUUCUCUUUUUUACCGAUAUUGCAGUGCCUUAUAUAAUGUUGAGGAAUAGGAGACCCUAUCAGCUACUCCAUUAUUCAUAGAUUCAUAAUCAUCGCGCAACUUAUUGGACAUGAGCUACACACUCUUAUUUAGUCGUGAUUGUAGUUACAGUAUAAGGUAACUAAACAGGACGCUGAUGUUUGGGUAGGGCACAAAGUACAAGCAAGCUAUCUAACUCUCACAUAGGAAAUGAGGUCCAGAUCAUAAACCACAAUUCAUAUAUACAAAGGAAUGAUAUGAUUUAUUGUAUGGAUCCGAAUAUGAAUCAUGAAUUGAUUACAAUUGAGAGACAUUUGUCUUUGAUAUUCUGGAAACAAUCAUCUACAUUAUCUUAUCUAUGCUAUAAAAAUUAGUUUCUUGGAUGUUGCAUUUUA